UCUCACUUUCGGCGGCGCCGGCACAGAGACAGGCGCCCCGCGCUCUGCUCCGCGCGGGCCCGGCCGCCCCGCAGGCGUAGAGUCUGUCCGCGCGGGGAGCGCAGCCUGCGCCCCGCCACAGCGCUCAUGAUCAGCGACUUCCUGAGGCCCUGACUCCCCAGGGGUGCAGCGUCAGCCAGCGAUGAACGCGAGCGCUUCCUCGCUCAACGACUCCCAGGUGGUGGCAGUGACCACCGAGGGAGCGGCGGCGGCGGCCACAGCGGCAGGGGCGCGGGACAGCGGCGAAUGGGGGCCCCCUGCAGCGGCGGCGCUGGGAGGCGGCGGCGCGGCUAACGCGUCCCUCGAGCUGUCUUCUCAGCUGCCCGCGGGGCCGCCGGGGCUGCUACUGUCGGCGGUGAAUCCUUGGGACGUGCUCCUGUGCGUGUCGGGGACGGUGAUCGCAGGCGAAAACGCGCUGGUAGUGGCGCUAAUCGCGUCCACCCCGGCGCUGCGCACGCCCAUGUUCGUGCUGGUGGGAAGCCUAGCCACCGCCGACCUGCUGGCGGGCUGCGGCUUGAUCCUUCACUUCGUGUUCCAGUACGUGGUGCCCUCAGAAACGGUGAGCCUGCUCACGGUGGGCUUCCUCGUGGCCUCCUUCGCUGCCUCGGUCAGCAGCCUGCUGGCCAUCACAGUGGACCGCUACCUGUCUCUCUACAACGCACUCACCUACUACUCGCGCCGGACCCUGUUGGGCGUGCACCUGCUGCUCGCUGCCACCUGGACGAUGUCCCUAGGCCUCGGGUUGCUGCCGGUGCUCGGCUGGAACUGCCUAGCGGAGCGCUCCACCUGCAGCGUGGUGCGCCCGCUGACGCGCAGCCACGUGGCGCUGCUGUCCGCCGCGUUCUUUGCGGUCUUUGGUAUCAUGCUGCACCUGUACGUGCGCAUCUGCCAGGUGGUCUGGCGCCACGCUCACCAGAUCGCGCUGCAGCAGCACUGCCUGGCGCCGCCCCACCUCGCAGCCACCAGAAAGGGCGUGGGUACGCUGGCUGUGGUGCUGGGCACUUUUGGCGCCAGUUGGCUGCCCUUCGCCAUCUAUUGCGUUGUAGGCAGCCGCGAGGACCCGGCAGUCUACACCUACGCCACCCUGCUGCCCGCCACCUACAACUCCAUGAUCAAUCCUAUCAUCUAUGCCUUCCGCAACCAGGAGAUUCAGCGUGCCCUGUGGCUCCUGUUCUGUGGCUGUUUCCAGUCCAAAGUGCCCUUCCGUUCUAGGUCCCCCAGUGAGGUCUGAAGGUUUUCUUUGUCCUCCCACCAACACCACGCCCCCAACAAGCCAGCCUUCCGUGAACUUCUCGGUGCCUGCUGAUGAACGGAGACACCAAUAGUGUGAAUCUGGCUUUGGGAAGAGAAAGAAAGAAUAAACAUAAAUACAUCAAACUCACAAAGGACAAAGAGGCUCGUUGGCACUUUACAUAUACAGUGUAUACAUGUGUACAUAUAUAUACAAAUAUUUGUAUCUUCUGGAGGUGUUCAGGAUGUGGAACUUCCUGUUCUGUGAAAAAACUAAGAUGUGGUUGUAUACUCAAAUUGUACAUCACAUUUGUCAAGUGAAGACAUCCCAAUACUGCUUAAUUAUAGCACUUUAUUUUUAGCUGCUGAACUGCCAAAACAGUGUUGCCAUUUUCAGGGGCAGGGGAAGGAAAGUAAAAGGUGUAUUUUUGUUGUAUGUGAUAGAAUAUUUUGCUGCACAUGUGUCAGUAAAUUACAACGUAUUUUGUACACAAAUAAACACAUAAUAAAAAUGUAA